CAUAGUCAUUCUGUGUCAGAGAACAAGACUCGACUCUCGAGAAAAUGGCAAGAACCAAGCAGACGGCUCGUAAAUCCACCGGCGGCAAAGCCCCGAGGAAGCAGCUCGCUACUAAAGCCGCCCGUAAGAGCGCUCCGGCCACCGGCGGCGUCAAGAAGCCUCACCGCUACAGGCCCGGCACCGUGGCUCUGCGAGAGAUCCGUCGCUAUCAGAAGUCCACCGAGCUGCUGAUCCGCAAGCUGCCCUUCCAGCGUCUGGUGCGAGAAAUCGCUCAGGACUUCAAGACGGACCUGCGCUUCCAGAGCUCCGCUGUCAUGGCCCUGCAGGAGGCCAGCGAGGCUUAUUUGGUCGGUCUGUUUGAGGACACCAACCUGUGCGCCAUCCACGCCAAGAGAGUCACCAUCAUGCCCAAAGACAUCCAGCUGGCGCGCCGCAUCCGCGGAGAGCGCGCUUAAACCCGCCGCCGCCGCUGUAUCACCCCAUUAAACCCCAAAGGCUCUUUUAAGAGCCACUCACGUUUUCACUUUAAGAGCUUCAAAU